GUUUUUUAAUCAUUAUUAGUGCAUCAGGUGUGAUUGCUGGAUGCAGAACGACACAAAACGCCAGAACAAUAACUUCUUAAAAACAUUCUCAUAUAUAUCUGAUUUUGGUUUUAGUUUAACAUAAUUAGGAGCCAGUUGGUCUAAAACUCGAUCAAUAUGAACGACUUGCUUUCUCGAUCUUUCUCUGGCGGCCGUGUUGCUGAUAUCGAGAUGGGCAACGUGGCUUCAACAGGCGGUAAUAACCUCGAGAAAUUCUUUAAAGAUGUGGAUGAGAUCAAACAAGAGUUGAAAGGUCUAGACCACCUUCACAAUCAACUACAAGAUUCAAAUGAGCAAAGCAAAACCUUGUAUAAUGCAAGCUCGAUCAAGACACUGCGUACCAAAAUGGAUAAUGAUGUUGCUUUAUCUUUAAAAAAAGCGAAAAUCAUUAAAAACCGUCUAGAGGCAUUAGAUCGUUCUAAUGAAACGAAUCGCAACAUCCCUGGCUGUGGCCCGGGUAGCUCUACUGAUCGUACGCGUAUCUCUGUUGUUAACGGGCUACGUAAACAACUUCAGUUGUCAAUGAAGUCCUUCACUGAACUACGACAAAAGAUGGCGUCAGAGCAUCGUGAAACCAUUCAACGAAGGUACUACACCGUAACUGGGGAAAACGCAGACGAUGCUAAAGUAGACGACUUGAUCUCAACUGGACAAAGCGAGACAUUUUUACAAAAAGCAAUUCAACAACAAGGAAGAGGACAAGUGAUGGAAACAAUACUAGAAAUACAAGAGCGACACGAUGCAGUAACAGUCUUAGAGCGGAACUUAAAAGAACUGCAUCAAGUUUUUAUGGAUAUGGCGGUUUUGGUCGAGAAUCAAGGAGAACAGUUGGACGAUAUCGAGAGCCAUGUGAACAGAGCGAAUUCGUUCGUGAGAGGUGGUACACAACAGUUGCAAGUAGCAAGAAGGACUCAAUUGAACACUAGGAAAUGGACUUGUUAUGGUAUUCUUUUGUUGUUGAUUAUUAUUGGCAUUGUUGUUAUCUCAAUUAGGCCAUGGAAUUAGAGAGUUUUUUCAAAUGGGUCAUUAUGUUGGGCUUGUAUUUGACUAUUUGGUCUCUAAUGGGACUCUGUUUUGAGUGAUGUGUAAACCUUUUGUUUGAAAUUAUUUGUCAAUACAUUCUGUUUGAAGUUA